CAUUUCUCCGACGAGAGAGAAAAAGAGAGAGAGAGAGAGAGUUGCAGAGGAGAAGAUGGAGGAGGCAAAGGCGAUGGCUCAGCAGCAGCAGUUGAUGUUACAACAACAACAAAGACAACAACUACUUAUAUAUCAACAGAUCCAACAACAGCAAAAACAACGUCAACAACAACAACAACAAGCUAUUUCACGUUUCCCCUCAAACAUCGACGCUCAUCUCCGACCGCCGGGCCUUCUUCAACAAAGACCGCUGAUUCCUCUUCACCACCAACAACAACAACAUCAUCAACAACAUCAAAGUCCUAUCGCUAGCCCUAGCCUUAGUCCGAUCCCUAAUCAGCACCUACAACAACAACAGCAAUUUCAUCAAAAUCACCAUCAUCAACAUCAAAUCCCUAACCCCAAUUUGCAGCAACAACAGCACCACCAACAACAACAACAACAUCAUCAAAGCCCUAACCCUAAUUUCCAUCAUCUCCAACAGCAACUCCAACAGCAGCAACAACAACAACAAAAUCAGAAACCUAAUCGCUCUCCAUCUAAUUCCAUAGAGCUACAGAUGUCCUACCAAGACGCCUGGCGAGUCUGCCAUCCAGAUUUCAAGACCCCUUUUUCAUCCCUCGAGGACGCUUGCGAUAGGUUGCUCCCUUAUCAUGCAGUGGCAGAUUACGAAGCAGAAGAAGAUGAUAGAAUACUCGAUAGCGAUUCAAUGGGGCAAGUGAUGUCUCGUUCACAGCAAUGGGACCUAAACAUUGCUGCAAAAGUUGCGGAAUUCACUGCAACGUUCGAGAAGCAGGUUAUGGCCUUCAAUAUAAUCUCUCGAAAGUGGGCAGUUGGUGAAUUUAGAUCGGAGGAGAGAUUGAUGGUAGAACAGGCUCUUUUCCAAGAAGAGAGACGAGCUGCAAUGGAUCUUAGGACAGAGAUGGAGGCGAGAGAGAAGGCCAAGAUGCAAAUGGCUGUUGAGCAAGCUAGAGCGGUUGCUGAACCGCCCCCUGUGCGUUUGAAUGCUUUUGGGGCACACGGAAUGAGCGUUGAGGAUGGAGUGAGCCCGAAUGAAAUGGUUAAUAAUAACAAUGGGUGGGGAGAGGUGAAUGCACAAAGGGAUGAUCAAAGAGAACCUUCAGAGGAUUUUCUGAACGACGAGGAGACUGAUAAUGGGCAAAACGAUUGGCGUGAUGAAGGGGGUGAGUUUGAUUUAAAUGCUAGGUAAAAGAGAGGACCAGUUCUAAAUUGAAUCCAAAGAAUGAGAUUUUGUUUGAUAUGUUUGUGAAUUAGAAGGGUUCUGACGGGGUGGUGUUUGUUGUUACAGUUUUUUUUUUUGUCAUAACAGUUUCCAUUGAUAGAUUAUUAGAAAUGAUGUUCCUGUUGGGAAAAUUAAGUUUCAUUUAAUUCAACUAAACAUGCCAUGAUAUUAAUGAUUAAUG